AUGGGGGGCCGUGGCGGGGCGCGGCCACGCAGAGGCGGGCGCGGCGACGGGACGGCGUGGGGCGCGGCAAGGCGCGGGAGGCCGAGCCCGGGGUGGAGACAGGCACGGCAACCCGGGACGGAGUCGGCGAGGUCGGGGGAGGCGCAGAUGCACGCGGGCGAGCAGGGGGGCGAGGCGAUGGUGGCCUCGCUUGGUAGCGACAGGGGCAAGGCGCAGCGAGGCGGGGCUCAGGUGCGCGUGUGCGGCAGCAGGCGGGCGCGAGGCGCUGCGACGACGAGUGCGGGAGGCGGGCGAGCAGAGCAGCGGCAGUGGGUGCGGGCCAGCAGCGGGGCGCCGGGCCUGGAUGCGCGGGGUGCGUGGUCAAGCUCGGCGAGCGCGUGCACGCGCGGGAGAGAGGGGGAGGAGAGGGAGAGCUCACGGGGGAGAGGGCGCGGCCACGGCGCGUGUGGAGGCACGCCGGGCGGGGUGACGCGCGGCCCGGGCGGGGUGACGCGCGGCCCGGGCGGGGUGACGCGCGGCCAGGGCGCGGGCCGAACGCAGGGAGCGCGGCGAUGCAAGGGAGGGGAUGAGCACGGGCCGAGGGCCUCACCGUGGGCGUAG